AUGCGGUCCACCUGGCAUGUCAACUUGCAGAAGAUGUACAAUGUGUCGGACCUGGACAUUGCCAGACAGUUGUCCAUCCCGCUGCCCACCUUCACAAGGAGGAAAAGGACCGCGGACCCCAUGGCUGGGAGUCCGGUCUACGUCGAUGCCAUAAGAGUCCUGCGAGUACUGCGGUCAGUUGGUCGUGCAUUUUUGGGCCCUAUCCUCUGUCCAACGCUACCUGGAGAAGAGGAGUAUGACUCUUGGUCGGAACAGACCCCCCACCUGCUGGAUGAGUGGCAAUGUUCUGAUGUUGUCAAGAAACAGAGAAUCGCUGAAAGUCUCAAAGGGCCUGCAGCAGAUAUUGUCCGGGGUUUAAGAGUCACUAACCCCAGUGCCACUGCCAAUGAGUAUCUUAAGGCCCUAGAAACAGCUUUUGGGACCACAGAUAGUGCAGCUGAUCUCAUGGUAAAGUUCCGUAACACAUUCCAGCAAGAAACUGAGAAGUUGUCAGGAUACUUACUCAGGUUAGACAAACUGCUGCACGCUGUUCAUCGGAAAGGUGGGAUCGACGUCACUGACAUGAACAGGACACGCAUCGAGCAAAUUGCUAGAGGUGCUCUCACUCAUGAUCUUGCUGCACUUCGUAUAAGGAUGACUUACAAGCUAAACCCCGCUCCAAGCUUCACAGAGCUCCUACGUGAGACCCAGCCAUGA